GCCCCUUCCUCCUCGGGGCCGGCAGUCGGCUUCGGCCUGCCCGCUCCUCGCCUCGCCCACUCCCGGAGCUUGUUUGUCGACUCGCGGCCGGGGAUGGCGGCGGCGGGAGGCCGCGGCCUGUCAUGAAGCCACGGCCGCGCUGCGAGAGAAAACAUCAUGCCAAAACCCAGGCAUUUGGAGUGACCCACAAUCCACCUGCCACCAUGCAAGCCCACAAUAGUCGCCACAGUGCCCCAGGAAACAACGAUGCCCCCUCGUGUGGUCAUGCAGCAAGACUCCCCGGAGAAGGAUCGUGCCAGCGUGGAGGGGAUGUUCACAUCCAGCUGAACUCUGCUACAAUGGAGGCUGGAGAAAAUCCUGGCUCCAGGCAGCAUUCGCACUCAGCGACCCAUAGUCGCUCCCACCCUCACUCUCAUAGCGAAGCAAGGGGGCCGGAAGAGGGCAGCGGGGAUUCGGAGGAACAAAGCGGCAGCUCUCUUUCAGACCUCAGAUAUGUUCUCCAGUGGCUACACAAGAGUCUCCCGUACAUCUUGCUCCUGUCUGUCAAACUUCUCUUGCAGCAUGUCAUUGGCAUUUCUCUGGGAAUUGGGCUGCUAACAACUUUUAUGUAUGCAAACAAAAGCAUUGUAAAUCAGGUUUUCCUAAGAGAAAGGUGUUCCAGACUACACUGUGCUGGGUUAUUCUUGUUCCUAACAGGAUCAUCUGUCCUUCUGUAUUACACCUUCUACGACACCUUGCUUCACUACAGCUUGAUUUUUCUGACUCCACAUAUGGAUUUCAUGGAUUUCUGGGAGGUGCUUUGGAUCGUGGGAAUCACAGACUUUGUCCUGAAGUUCCUCUUCAUGAGUUUCAAAUGCAUCAUUCUCUUGUUACCUUGUUUAAUAAUGUCAUUUAAGGCCAAGGGUUACUGGUAUAUGCUGCUGGAAGAAAUCUGCCAGUAUUACCGAAAAAUUGUCCCUAUCCCUGUCUGGUUCUGCUAUCUUGUUGGCUUGAAGGAGGAGGAAACCAUGCUCGGAUGGAGUCUUGGCAUCUUACUGGCUCUGCUCUAUCUGACCCUAAAGUUUUUGAGCUUUUUUGCACACCUGAAGCACUUCAGGCAGGUUCUAAGAGUAUUUUAUUCCCAACCGAGCUACGGUGUGGCCGCCAGCAAGAGGCAGUGCGCCGACGCAGAUGACAUCUGCUCCAUCUGCCAAGCUGAGUUCCAGAAGCCCGUCGUUCUCAUCUGCCAGCACAUAUUCUGUGAAGAAUGCAUAGCUCUGUGGUUCAACAGAGAGAGAAGCUGCCCUCUGUGCAGAACAGUCAUCUCAGAUCACAUCAACAAGUGGAAAGACGGGGCGACUUCUGUGCAAUUACAGAUCUAUUAAAAGCUCAUGGCUUCUUCGAUUCACCGGGUAACUUGCUUGAAUACAAGGGCUUUCAGUCUAAGGCAGGGCGGGUAUUUGGCACUGGGCCUGACACUUUUCUGGUCUUGCACUGCUUGAUUUGUACACAGUCAAAUCUUUGGCAGUGCACGUGCCACACAGCAACCUGACUGAAGUCAGCAUUUCACACACAAGGGCUGGCUGGCUUCCAAAGCAACAGGAUCCUCCAAGCAUUGCCCCGGAAGUAAUAAGAAUAGCAUUGGUGCCUACUCCAAUAGGAUUCAGCAGCACCUCACAGGAUUCAGUGGCGCCUUCCUGUUCACACACUUCUUGUCCCGUUUCUUCUCUUACUGCCGAGUUACUUCAGUGAUGUAAACAUGGAUGUUUAUUCCUUGAAGUCUAUUUUUUUUAAAAAAACAAAACCCUAUUUGGCGUUAUAUUUUGACAAGGAGCAAAAUUAAAAGAGGACAUGUAUCUACUAACUGGUAUUUUGUUUAAAAAAAAAGUUGUAAUAGACCUGAAAGUUGGCAAGAAUAAAUGUAGUUUAUAAAUCUAUGGAACAC